AUGGGAACAAGAUCUUUAUUAUCUGGGCCGCAAUCGAAAACGUCUUCCGAACGUCGAAUGGGAUUUGGACACCUCGAAGUUAAAAAAGAAUUUAGGAUAAAAAAAGAAACGCCAGAUGAUGAGAUAAAGUCUGAAUCGUUAAAAAAAAAAAAAAAACGAACGCCAUGA